AUGCUAUUUAAUCCUCAUUUGUUGCUGCUGAUUUUCAAGAAUGUGGCUGAUAUCAAGAAGCUGCAAGGUGUUGGCAUUUGCACCAUCAAAGGAAUCAUGAUGACCACAAAGAAGCGUCUCUGCGAUAUCAAAGGCCUCUCGGAGGUAAAAGUUGAUAAAAUCAAGGAAAUCGCAUCCAAACUCUCGAACAAUGGUUUUAUCACUGCACUGGAGGUGUCGGAAAGAAGAAAGCUCUGUUAUCGGAUCACCACAGGAAGUCGAGAAUUGGAUAAAUUGCUGGGAGGUGGCAUCGAAAGUCAGGCAAUCACUGAAGUUUUUGGUGAAUUUCGCACCGGCAAAACACAACUAUCGCAUACGCUUUGCGGUAAAUGA